CUGGUAUUACAAGUUAAAAUCGCAAUGCGAGCCUCGUUCUGAUGCAGUCAGAGAUGGCAUCAGAAACUCGCGCAGGAAGGGGGUGGUUCAGUUAGAGCGUCAACCUCUGCAUCUGUCCAUACCCCAUCUACCUCUUCAUCAGAGAUACCACGUCCUUCUACUUCUCAGACUCUGAACGUAAGACAACAACAUGGGCAAUAUUUACGGUCAACUACAAAUACCAGCCACAGCCUAUCGUCUGCAGAUACUAUUCCAGAUGUAAGGAGCAGUACACCAGAUACAGCUGUUGGAAGAAGCUCUGCAGAUGUUGGACGUCUCUUCAGAGCCAUGGUGACCGAAUCAGCACCACUUUUUGAUGAUAUCGCUGAGGAGGAUGAUUCAUCAAGAGAGGUGAUUCUGAAUCUUGUUCCAGUUCCAGCACCAGAGGGUAGAUCGCCAGAAAGUGGAAGCCUGACUCCUGACCUAACACAGAUGGCACAAGAUCAGGAUUUGGAUAUACAUGAGCCUGUUAUAAACCCCCGUAGUGAUGAGGAAAAUACAAAUUCACCACCUGAUCAUGGAGUACAAGCACAGGGAAUUGAACCAUUGGAACAACCACAAGCUAUUGUCCAAGAGCAGGCACCUUUGGAAGAUGCAGGUCUGAACGAAAUGUUAAAUCUUGCCAGAGGAUAUAGAGCAGACAGUAGACAGGUUCAGGAAAUUUUGUCUGGACAUUUAGAAAGAUUUGACACUUAUAACCAGCAACGGUUGGAACUGGACCGUGAAAUCUUUAACUGGCAAAGAGAAAUGGACAUGGAAAGGAACCUACAUAUAAACAGGGCCUUGACAAUAGCUGAAAAUAACAUGCGAAUGGCUCAAAAUACUAUGCAAACUUUGUUAGAAUUGAUUAGAGAUAGACAUCAGAGCCAAGAGUCGCCAGAUCCAAAAAGAACACGGUUUAAUUAGUGCAUUGUUAUGGACAAUUUUAAAGUUAUUAUUAUUUUUUGGUUGACAAAGAAUAUAUUGUUAUUUGUACAUAGUUUUAUUAAAGUUUAUCCUGUUUUUAUUUAAUUUUC